CACUCAUGAGAUAGGGGUGCGGUUUGUCCUUUGCAAUGGUCCAAUAGCGAUAAGCCUUGCUGUCUUGGUUCCCGGGCAGGAUGCAGCGUGUGCUGGCUGCCUGAUCCAGGAGUUCUGCAGCAGCCCUUCUCCUCUCAGUGUACAGAGAACACAGGGAAAAUUAAGUACUUGAUACAGUUUGAACCUUGGCCCCAUGAAUAACAGGAUUGGGGCAUACAGGUUAGCUGAUGGACCCUUCAAAGAAUCAGCUGGACACAGACUUCUCACAACAGGAUACACCUUGCCUUAUAGUGGAGGACUCUCAACCCGAAAGUGUGGUGGCAGAAGAUGAUUUGGACCGUGCACGCUUUGGUUUGCUAGCGCACCACCUGCCAGAUCUCCAAGCUCCAGUUGAAAGCCCUGUUUUGGAGUUUGUACAAGGCUGUCAGAGCAUUAACCAUGCUGCUGCAGAUAAAGAAGGUCUCAACAUCUGUGAGAGCCUGGAUGAAAACAAUCUAGAAACAUCUUGCACGCCAGGUGGUGAUAGUGCUCUCAGCCAAGUAAUUGAACGGGUUACUUGCCCCAGCAACAGAAAAAGUCGGUUAGAGUAUGAAGAUGACCAUGACCAAGAAGAAGAUGCAAAUUGCACUACAGAAUCACUUCAGCCUGAAGACUCUGGCACGUCCCAGUUGGGAUUUGGUGCCUUGGAGCUAUCUCAAAGCCAGGAUUUGGAAGGACAUAGCUCAUAUAACGAGGAUGCAAAAGGCUUGCAAUUACAGAUCACAAACCUUAAACCUCAGACAGCUGAAUGUAGUCAAGAAGAUUGCUGUGACAAUGGUGAAGUAUUAAAACAUAAACCUGCAGAGAAUAAUUUGGAGAAAGGCCCUGAAAGAAAGCAGGAGGAAGUUGUGCCAGAAAAGACGUUGUCAGACUCAUCUGGAGAAAAAAUUUGCUUAGUUGAAAACCUGGAUACAGACAUGGAUCUCCAGAAAGGAUCUCCUGUCAAACAUGACGAUGAAAGCAAAGAAAGAUCAGGUAGCCUGCAAAUCAAGGAGCAAGAUAUGGAGGUUUCUGACAUUCCCUCCACUCAAGAAGAUCUGUUUGGGCAGGAAGAGGUUACAGAUUCACAGUCUCGUCUUCUAACGUACAAAGUGGUAUCUACACCUGCAGACAGUUUACGCCUCCUGCAUCUUUCUGGGCAGGCCAGUAGUUUGCCAACAAAUACCUCCAAAAUUUUCUCAGACCUGACGUCUCCUUCCCAAGAUGAUGUCCAACCAACCCCUAUCAUCAUACCAAGCUCCCCCACAGAGAAGGAGGCAGAAGAAGCUGAGGGGAUGGAAACGACUACCCCAACAAAAUAUGACCUGAAAAGCAAGUUACAAGAAGAACCUAAUGAACCUAAGGAUUGUCCUUUUCUGACAGUGCCUCAAGUUUCCACACCAUUGUGCCAAAGUGUCCCUGCAUUUGUCCCAAGUUCCCUUGUUGUACCUUCUCAGCCAGAAUUUUCUCAUGAUAAUUUUAUGGCAACCCCAAGUCUUGAAACUAAUCCAUCUAGUGACAAAACUAAUACCUCUGUGUUGGAUGAAAAACCAAAGGCACCAGAACUGAUACAGGAAGUCACUGAGCUGGACUCAAGGAUUUCCCAGUCAACAACAGGAGAUUUAGGCAACCUGGAGUUGUCCACUAGUGAACCUAGUGAAGUCACUGAUGCAGACUGUAAAAAAGAUGCAGAAGAUGAAAAUGGAGCCACACAGAUUGAAGAAGAUAUGGAUCAUGUUUGCCAGCUUUACCAAAAUGUAAGCGAGUCUGUAGCCAUUACGAACAUAGAUCGAAAGGAAGAAAAUGCCAAGUCCAUGGCUGCUGUUGUGGAAGAAACAUCCAUUAACCCUAAAGAAAGUACUGUUUGCUCUGCAACUGUUGAGCUAGAAAAGGGAAAUAAGGGGCCUGAAUGUAUUGAUCUUACAGAUGAUUCUGGAAGCCAAGUUGUUCUCAUUCCAUCCUUAAAUUCUGAUUCAUCACUGAGUAUUUUAGAUCAAAAUAUAAUGGAAGUAAAACUAUCUGCUGAAAGUCAACCUGAUGAUGCAUCUGUUGAAGAGGUUCCUGAAACUCCCUGUGAAAUGGCUGAUGAUCAGGUAAUGGAAGAGGGAACUAACUUAAAUCUUGCUCUGUCUGAGACACAAACUCAACAUUUAUAUGUUUUAAAUGAAGAACAAUCUGAGCCUGAGGAAGAACCAAUGGAAGUGGAGCCAAGCACAGGCUCUUCGGAAAUCAGCAACCACAAAACUGUUAAUGAAAGUCAUCCUGUGCCUAUAUUAUCCAAUAUUGCUCAACAAGCUAGCAAAUCUGAAUGUAAUACAGUUAAUACAGAUAAGCAGAUAGACACUGAUCAUUCUGAAGUUGCUUUGGCAAAAGCAAAGAAACUGGAAGAGCAAACAUUUAUAGGAGAGCAUGUCAACAAAAAGAACACCACCGAAGACCUCAAAUUAAAUAUGGAAGAGAAAUCGGACUACAGCAAACCAGUUAUUAUUUUUGCACCUCUGCAGACUUCAUUAGGUGAAGGAAAUGUAUCUCUGACCCCAAAGGAUAUCCACAUUUCAAUAGGGGAAAAGGAAGGUGCAGUGUCCUUUAAAUCAAAUGUUUGCCAGUCUGUGGCACAGGAGCAGCAAGAAGCAGUUGUAGGGAACAAUACUGAUAUGAAAUUAGUGCAACAGGAAGGCAAAAUCCUUCCAUUGCCUCUUAAAAAUAAUGAAUGUACUUAUUCAAAAACACAAAAGGAAAAAAUAAUCCCUAUUACACUUGAGGGCAAGGCAGAUUUUACUGCCCUUCCAAUUGAAAGUCAAAUUGAGCAGAUGCCUCAGGACAAAUGCAAUAAAGGUGUUACAGUACAGUUAGAGGAUAGGUCACAAGCUCUCCCAUCAUUAGAAAUUACAGAGUGUAGUGUACAAUUGAAAGAAAAUAGUAAUGCAUUAGAUGCCAUUCAGGUAAAUGAGCUGCAAAAAGUUAAAGUGGUGGAGGAAUCAGAAAACUUGUCCAGCAUCAUUGGUGAUACCCAGCAGCAGCAACCAGCUCUUACAAUGCUGGCUAAUGUGCCUCCCUUGGAAGAAAGAAAACAAGAGAGCACAAAGGAAACUGUAUCUGUAGCUAAACAGUCAGAUCAUACUAAGAGCACAGUACAUGAAGAGAACAAAAAUGAGGAGCCUGAAAUGUUGCAGAAAUGCAAGCCACAGUUUACAGAAGAGAUAAAUUACCCACAGCCAAGCCAUGGUGAAAACUUUGACCACAUAACUCGCAAAUCAGAUAAGCAGCUGAUAUCUCAACAGAUGGCAGAUGAUGCUCCUCAACAAAUUCAGACAGUGACCAAAGAAGCUGUCAAUAUUUCAGUGGAUAACGGUGAGGAAGAGGCAAAUGAAGCCGACUCGGCAUUGCAGGAAAAGACCGCAGAACAGUCUACACGUAGCCUGUGUGACAGCUCCAGUGAAACACCAUUUCAUUUUACAUUGCCAAAGGAAGGAGACCUGAUUCAGCCAAUAAGUACAAUAACCCCUCCUAUGGUUGCUCAGCUUAAACGUGGGCCCCGGAGACACAGCACUCCUAUUGUAGUUGGAGGUUGCCCUGACAGCACACUGGCAACAAGUGAUGUCACUGCAGAAAGCACUAUGGCUGCCAGUGAUAUAACUGUAGAGAGUGCGAUGGUAACAACAGAUGUGUCUGAAGAGAGCGAGAGGGCAAAUUCUGAAUCUGCUUCCAAUGCUAAUGGGAAACUCUGUCUAAGAAUGAAACUGAUCACACCUGUAAAUGAGGAGAGUGACGGGGCUCCACAGUUUAACUUGGAAAAACCAGAUGCAGCCAAGAGGCCAAAAGAGGCAGCUGACGUUGCUGGGAAUGUUGCCAGCAGUGCACAGGACUCCACCUCUGUAUUUGUGCGUGUAUGUGAGGCUCAUUAUGAUGAAGAGACCAGUAGUCCAAAUUGUCCUACUACCAGCCUGAGGGGGAAAUCAUUCCAAAAUACAGAAGUUGAUGAGGUGUCUGUGGGUAUUAAUACAGUUUUGCAAAAUGUUAAAGAUACUGUGGAGCAUGAUAUAAAUUCAAAAACAACCCAACAUUUACCAGUGGAAUCCAUUCAAGAGUAUUCCAGUAGCCUUGAAGAAGAUGCUAUGGAGGUAGAACCUUCCCAAGAAGAAAACAUAUUUCAUGUACAGUGUGACAGUGGGAAGAAGAGUCGGCAGAAGCAGACUGAUACAGCCUCAACUCAGAAUGAAUAUGGAGAUGAACAUAUGACUCCGAUGCAUAGGCACAAAGAAGUACAAACAGCGAGUGUGCUGGAACCUAGGAUAUUGGUGGUAUCCUCUGCUACACAGACUGAUGCGGAAACUGGGCAAAGGACAAUUGCUAGUAACGGGCAAAAGAAUGUCAAGCACGAUUCUUCUAAACCAGUGGAAAAGGACCAUGAAAAAUCUGAAACUGUAACAAAAUCAAUGCAAGGAGACGAUACAGAUUCAGUACACAGUCAGGGAGAGGAGGACUAUAAUUUGCAGCACCCUCCACCUGGACGUCACCUCCACCGCCAUGUACGUACAAUCCGUGAAGUUCGUACUGUGGUUACACGAGUAAUUACUGAUGUGUAUUACGUGAAUGGCACUGAAGUGGAGCGUAAGGUUGUAGAGGAAGCUGAAGAUCCAAUCAUAGAAUGUCAGGAAUUUGAAAAUGAUGUAUCCUCUUCAAGAACAGCUGGAUCUUCUCUGACUUCUGGAGACCUUGCAGAUAUAAGUUCAUUUUCUUCCAAAGCUUCAAGCCUUCAGCGUACAUCCAGUGGGGCAAGCAGUGGGGCUUCUGCUGCUCAGAGCAUUAGUGGCAGCAGCACAGAGAGAGGGAAGCUGUCUGCAACCCAGAGAGGAAAAAGUGGCCUUCUGGAGUCGGGAGAGUUUGCUGUUCCAAGUGGCCGUGGGACUUUAGGAAAACUUAGUCCUAGGAAACUGACCAGCCAGCCAGGUUCUCCACAUCUGUCAGGAGGGCAAUUUGGGGUUCAAGGGAGUGAAGAUGAUGCAGAUAUAUUACUUGCUAACAGAUCGAAAGCAACACUUACACCCCGUGGAAGAGGAAGGAGAGGGCGGCCUCCAUCACGUGGGACAAGAGACAAUACUGCAACUGCAACUGCAAAUACAAAUAUGGAGGAUCCUGCUGAUGCCACUUCAGAUGAGGAACGAUUUACACGCCUUAAUAUUUAUCAACCAGUAACUGAUGGAUCUGAGCCAGGAACACCCACAGUUCGUAGAAGUGACUCACCUGAAAUCCCUUUCCGGGCAGCUGGGAAGAAUGAGAGCUCAGAAUCUUCAGGCAGUAGUUUUGUGGGACUCAGAGUUGUGGCCAAGUGGUCCUCUAAUGGCUAUUUUUAUUCUGGCAAAAUUACUCUAGAUGCUGGUGAAGGAAAAUACAAACUGUUGUUUGAUGAUGGAUAUGAAUGUGAUGUGCUAGGAAAAGACAUUUUACUAUGUGACCCUAUCCCUCUGGACACAGAGGUAACAGCUCUUUCUGAAGAUGAAUACUUCAGCGCAGGAGUUGUAAAAGCACAUAAGAAGGAUUCAGAACAACUUUAUUACUGUAUUGAGAAAGAUGGCCAAAGGAAGUGGUACAAAAGAAUGGCAGUUAUUUUAUCACUGGAGCAAGGAAACAAACUUAGAGAGCAGUUUGGUCUUGGCCCAUAUGAACCUUCAACACCUCUAACUAAAGCAUCAGACAUUAGCCUUGAUAAUCUUGUGGAAGGGAAGCGGAAACGGAGGGGUAACUUAAAUGUCACAACCACCCCCACUACAUCCGGUUCGUCUAGCACAAGCACCCCAACAAGAAAGGGAGCAGAGAACAGUCGUAGUUCCAUGGGCCCCCUGUCUGGAAAGAGGAAACUUAUCAGCUCCGAUGAAGAUAAAUCUCCAGCAAAACGUGGCCGCAAGUCGGUUGCAGCAAAGUCUGGUGCUGCUAAAGGAGGUGACUUUAUGAGCCCCAAUGAAAGUGGAGAUAAUGCUGGGGACCAAGUGACCAUAGAAGAGAGUCAUGGCCCUUUGCCCCAGAGCAAAAGUCUCUUUAUUGGUUAUGCCUUUCUCAUAACAAGUGCAACAUCAAAUGACAAGCAAAGCAAUCGUCAGAAGUCACAGACAUUCCCCUGUAUAAGCAGCGAGGAAGAGGAAGAAUAUAUAGAGAGUGUGCCCUAUGACAGAUGGUACACAGAGAAGCAGCUACAGGCAGGAGGCGGGUACAUUUUGGAGGAUUUCAAUGAUGCACAGUGUAAAGCAGCCUACCAGUGUGUCCUGGUUGCAGACCAGCACUGCCGAACCCGCAAGUACUUCCUGUGCCUUGCUAGCGGAAUUCCUUGCGUGUCUCACAUCUGGGUCCGUGACAGUUGCCAUGCUAACGAACUUCAAAAUUUCCGAAACUAUCUCCUCCCUGCUGGAUACAGUCUUGAGGAAGAGAGAAUUUUAGAAUGCCAUGAGUCCCACCAUCCUUUUCAAGGUUUGCGGUUUCUUGUGGUGUCUGACCACAAAGAUAACUUUUUAGAAAUGUGGACAGAGAUCCUAAUGAUUGGAGGAGCAGCAUCAGCCAAGCAACACAACUCCACAGAGCUCAGUAAAGAUGUCGCACUGGGAGUUUUUGAUGUUGUAGUCACUGAUUGUUCAUGCCCAGAAUCCAUGUUAAAAUGCGCCCAAGCUUUGGACCUUCCAGUGGUUUCUCAAGAAUGGGUUAUCCAGUGCCUGAUCUCCGGGAAACAACUGAAACACAGCGCGCACCCCAAAUACAAACAUAAUCAUGUGUCUGACCCUUAAGCCGUCCACUUUUCCAUUUUAUCCCCCCGCCCCCUCUCUGCUGCUCCUUGCAUUGUGCACAUUGUGUUUUAUUGAGGUUUUAGAUAGUUUUAAUGUUUUGUUUGUUUAAUCUCUACGUGCAUGUAACUUACUGUACAGAAUUUUACCUGCUCAACUUUUAUGAGAAAAUAAACACUAAAUGUUUGUUUUAUGGUA